AUGGCAACAUUAGCCCUAGCAACCUGGGCAACAAACCUAACCUUCACCAACCUCACAACCCCCGUCAUCGAUGCAGCCGUAAAAAGCGUAUAUAACUGGGCCGGCUGCGCCAUCGGUGGGUUCGCACAAGAUGCGCCGCAGAUCGCGCUGAACACAUCCGUAGACCUGGGUUUUGGUGGUCCGCCUACAUCUAGUAUUCUCGGAUUGAACGGCUCGACGAGUGCGGGGUUACGACUAGGAUAUGGGAGCAGGAAUGCGGAUGGGGCAUUCGCAGAUGCGCAGCUCGCGGCGUUCGUUAAUGGGAUUGCGUCGCAUGUUGAUGAUUACGAUGAUACGCAUUUAGCGACGGUUAUCCAUCCAACCGGGGUAGUCGCGAGCGCACUCUUAGCCAUUGUCGAGGCUGAAUCUCGCAAUCGCACUAUUUCCGGCGCGGACUUCUUAACGGCGUUCGUCGCUGGUGUGGAAGCCGAACUCAAGCUCGGUCUGUCGGUGUAUCCUGAACAUUAUGAUGUGGGUUGGCACAUCACGAGCACGACAGGGUCAAUUGGGGCAGCUGUCGCGGUUGGAAAGAUCCUCGGAUUAGAUGUAGACCACCUGCGCCACGCAAUCGGAAUCGCAUCGACACAGGUCAUUGGGAUGCAAGCCUUCUUCGGGUCCAUGACGAAGUCAUUUCACAUCGGUCGCGCGACACAAGGAGGCAUGCUAGCUGCGCUUCUAGCACGAAACGGAUACACCAGUUCACUCACAGCAUUGGAGGAUCAAUAUGGAUGGCUGCACGUGGUGAGCACGAGGGAGAACGCAUCAGCGAACUUCGCGGAGUUAGGGAAGACGUGGGAAAUUGAGAGCAACACAUUCAAGCCGUAUCCUUGCGGUAUUGUCAUGCAUCCUAUCAUCGAUGGAUGCAUUCAAUUACGCACACAAGCACUAAGCGACGGGAAAGAUGUUAACUCCGUCAAGAGUAUCGAUUUGCGCGUGAACCCCGAGGUCCUAGUGUUGACAGGGCAAACGGAUCCUCAGACCGGUCUCGCGGGCAAAUUCAGUAUCUUCCACGCAGCGGCCGUCGGACUGUUAUAUGGCGAGGCAACCCCAGCGCAAUUUACCGACCAAGUCGUCCAGAAUGAGACUGUGGUCAGCAUGAGGAAGUUGGUAAAUGUCACAACCGACGAUAGCGUGUCCGAAGAUCAAGCGCAUGUGUCUAUCGUUUUCGACGACGGUAGUACCCUGGAGAAAUACGUCGAGCAUGCGAUCGGCAGCUUAGAGAACCCCCUAACCGUAGAAGAACUCAAGACAAAGUUCAUGGAUCAGGUAUCGCGGCAGAUUGGGAGCGCCAGAGCCGAAAAGGCGUAUAGCGCUUUCACCAAUAUUGGAAAUAUGACCGAUGUAGGGAAGUUGAGGACAUUGUUCUAA